AUUAGAUAAUAAUAAUAAUAAUAAUACUGGUGAUUUGAAAAUGAAAAAUUCAAUUCAAUCAACAUUAUCGAUGAAUAUUAUUAAUGAUAAAAUUCUAAUCGAUUCGAUUAAUUCAAUUAAUUCUAGUUUACCAAAUUGUCCGAUUGUUCCACCAAAUUUAGUUGGACGAUUAAAAGUUUUAAUCGAUCCACCACCAAUGGAAGAAUUGGAAACAAUGUUUCCACAAAUUGAAAUUGGUGGCCGUUUUAGACCUAAACAUUGUCAUAGUAAUAAUCGUGUUGCCAUUAUUGUUCCAUAUCGUAAUCGUGAAUAUCAUUUACGAACAUUUUUGCUCAAUAUUCAUCCAAUGUUAAUGAGACAAAAUAUUGAUUAUGGUAUUUUUAUUGUUGAACAGCAUGGCAACAAAUCAUUUAAUCGAGCAAAAUUAAUGAAUGUUGGAUUUUUAGAAGCAUCCAAACAAUAUCCAUAUGAUUGUUUUAUAUUUCAUGAUGUUGAUCUAAUACCUGAAGAUGAUCGUAAUCUUUAUACUUGUCCCGAACAACCAAGACAUAUGUCUGUUAUCUCCAAUCAAUUGAAAAGAUUACCUUAUAAAGAUAUAUUCGGCGGUGUAAGUGCAUUAACAAAAGAUCAAUUUAUCAAAGUAAAUGGAUUUUCAAAUGAAUUCUGGGGUUGGGGUGGUGAAGAUGAUGAUAUGUCAAAUCGUAUACGUCAUUAUGGUUAUAAAAUUAGUCGUUAUUCCGGUGAUAUUGCUAGAUAUAAAAUGUUAAAACAUCAAAAUACAGCACCAAAUGCUGAAAGAUUUAAAAAAUUAUAUAAUGGAUGGAAACGUUAUAAAACUGAUGGUAUCAAUAAUAUACAUUAUGAAAUUGUUGAUUUAGUAUUUAAAAAAUUAUAUACAUGGAUUUUGGUUGAUUUAUAUGCACCGGAUGAUAAUAAUCAUAAUGGACAUCGAAAAUAUGCUAGACAUUUUUCCGGUUAAACCAACCAAACAAAGUGAUUUUUUCCUAUCCCUGUGAAAUUAUUAUUAUUAUUGUUUACUUUCACUCUGUACAUUUGUGAUUCUAUCAUUUUAUCAUCAUCAUUUUAAAAAAAACAUGUGAUCAUAAACAAAUUAACUAACAAUCAAACAAUCAGCCUGAAAAAAUUUGCAAUUUAUUAUUGUUUCUCGAUUUAAAAUUCUGUUGCCAUAUUUUUUUCUCUCUCGCU